AUGGAUCCUAUGUCCUCCAGAGCAGGCCGUUCUCUUGGUACCACACUGGAGAGUCCCUUUGGUGAAGCAGACAAUAACGACUUCAAUUUUGCAGGUGCUGAAGUUGAGAUGGCACACGAAGUAUCUUCUGAUAGGCCCGCAGACCUGGAGACCAGUCGAUCCAAGUGGCGCACUCUUCCAAAUAAAUCGGUGGAUACAUUAUAUGCUAACUGGCAAAAGCUCAUACCGACCCUCGUGGACCUGCAACUCAAAUUAAAGGGUGACAUUGUGCAGGAACCCUUCCGUCGUGGCUUAGGUUAUGUCGUACAGUGGUACGAUGUCCUGCAGGUCGAAAUUGAGCGCCAGGUUGAUGCAGUUCUCCAACAAAGUCGAGACCGUGUGGCAGGUCAUCAAUCAAUCACCCCAACCACUCGCCUUAACAGAUGCGGACCAUUCAGCUGCAAUUGGCCUACACCAUGGCCAAUGUGCAUCACUCCUCAUGCAGCGAUGUCCAGCAUGUUUGGUGGCAUGCUGUUUGGAAGACCCAUUGACCAAGGUGGCGACAUACAUGUUGCUACAGACGGUAAUUUCCAUCAUCACCACCGACGAUCUGCGGGCGACUGUCCUCGCUUUUAUGAGCCAACUUACUUCCUUCCUAAACAGUUCAUUGACGCGCAACCUGGGAAGGUACACACACCCCUUGUCCCUGACGAAGCUAUCGACUUAUGUGAGAAUGCAUAUGAGGCUGCCGAUGGGAAGAAGCAAAAAGCCGCGAUGGAUAGCUUCGAUGACACAGGAUUAAUGGCCCUUAUCUGUUGUCAUGAUAUCCCACUUUUUUUUGCUAAUAUUGAUUCCCCUGGCGAGCAACAGAAAUAUUCCAUUGCGCUGAUUGAACAUUUGUUCACAUUGCUCCCUCCUCAAGCCACAGUUGUGACUCUCUAUGACGUUGGAUGCGUUCUUGCGCGGACCCUUUCAAAGUUUGAGAUCAUCCCCCAGGAUAUCUUAUUACGCCUGCGCUUCGUGACCACGGCCAUGCAUGCCUACGGUCACAAAUGGGCCUGUCAGCUGGUGUACAAUCCCCGGAUGUGCAUCGGCAUCGGGCUAGGGUUAUCUGAUGGUGAGGGGACUGAGCGGCUGUGGUCGCGGUUUGUUCGCUUGAUAGGUGUUGAAAGGUCGUCAUCACGUCAGCGCCGUAUCUGGUUAAUUUAUCGUCAAGCAACUGCGAUAGGAUCGGAAAUGAAAGCAGACCUGGGGGACUGGAUCAAAUGCCGUCUCAAGUGGGGCGUCAAGGACCAGGGUUCUGCGGCACUUGACCUUAUCAACCGUUCUGAAACAUCUGUAGAGGACCUACAAGCUCAGUGGGCUGAAUGUUACGAACUAGGAUGGUUCUGA